AUGCCCGCACCAACAGCUGCCGCGGCUUCGGCAGCGGAUGACAAGGCAGCCAUCAACGACAAAGCAGCACUCGGCAAGACCACCGACUCGACAGGUCAAACUCCAAAAGAUGGCACCAUUCCAUUGCCAUCCACGUCCGCAGCAUCAGGCUCAGCAGCGCCCGCCAACGAAGCGUCAGCUGGGAGCGUGUUCAGUAGCCCAGACAUGACUGCAGCUGUCCUCACCUACCUCCAGAAGCGCGGCUUUGAUCGUGUCGAGGCUGCUUUCAAGGCCGAGCUCGAUGCGCUCGCUUCGGGUGCAAGCGCAGAACAGGCCGCUGCCGCUGCUGACAAACUCGGACGGCCACCCACAGUCAGUCUUGAAGAUCUGGCUGCCAGGAACGCUCCUCGCACAACGGCUGACAAGGACGGCGACAAGGACAAGGACGCCGUAGAACCCACCACCAAAGACCAGAACGCUGUCGCCGAUGGAGAUCUCACCUUUGCCGAGGACGGCGACGUGUCGGCCGCAGCAACACAAGCUCUGCUCCUCGACCCAACCGAUCGCGCAAGAGGGUUUGCCAUGCUCAAGUCGUGGUGCCACGGCAGUCUCGACAUCUACCAACCCGAGCUGCUGCCCAUCUUGCUACCGCUCUUUGUCCACUCCUUCCUUGACCUCGUCCUGAUGGGUCACGGCCCAGCUGCCUCGGCGCUCUACACCGCUCACGCUGCCUCGUUCCUGCCCACCCACACUGCGCUUCUCUCUCAGAUUCGCUCGCUGGCGCUACCGUCGCACAUCCAGUCGGACUCGCUUGCGCAACGAUUUCGAUCCGAGCGUUACAUCGUCAAGAUGUCCAACACCGUCUUCAGCCUGCUCCUCGGCUGGCUGACCGAUGGAGGUGGACCGGUGUCGGGCUCGACGAGCAGCCUCGAGGAAGCCGAAGCACCUGCCCGACGAGGAAGGGAAGCCAUGCUCAAGAUCAUCAACGAGAGGUGUCGGAUCCAGGUCCUCGCUGCGCAGCCUUACCAGAUCGACGCGGCAGUAUUGGAAGAGGGCACUGGGCUCACGGGUGCUGGACCCACCUACUCGAGCGUCACCACAGGUGCUGCGGGUCGAAGUCGCAUGCACGCCUCGAUAUCUAAGAACGCGGUGACGCGAGGCGAUGCGCUCGCCGAGUUCAACGCUAGAGCUGCGGGACCUCAACUCAAGCUCCACCCGACCGUGCCGUUAACCGAGAGGCUGGAGACCGAAGUUCAGAAAGAGCUGCAGGAGGUAGAGCGCCGCGAGAAGGAGACGACCGCGGCAGUGACAGCAGAACAGAACAAGGAAGCGGAGGCAUCGGGUUCGACUGCAGCUGCUGCGCAAGAGGGGGCCGACGGGAGCAAUGCGAAUCAGCAGCAGGAUGGUGAUGCAACGAUGCAAGAUGCGACGGCCGGUGAAGACGCUCAAGACGGCGAUGCUGCUUCCAGAGCCCGUACAGCAUCCGUGCGUCCAUCUGAACCGCCCACCUCUGCUCCAGGGACAGCACCACCCACCACCGCCGCCGAAGCAAAAUCCAACGAGCCCGACUUCUCCGGUGGCCUCCUCGCUGCGAGCAUCACCGACCUCCCGCCCCAAGCACCGACAUUCCGCACCGUCGACGUCAAGCGCGAAGUUCAGCGCGUUCGCGACGCUCGCAAGCGGAUCCGUCUCGAUCCAUCCCUGCUCAGUGCCUCCACCUCGACCGGCUUCACCUCUGGCGUCCGAGAUCCGGCUCUCAAUGGGCUUGGCGAGCAAGGCGCGCACGCCGCACGCGUCGCCGCCCUCCCCUCGGUCUGCGCCUACACCUUCCACGACGCCGACGACGGCAUCACCUGCUCCACCUUUUCGGACGACAUCACGCUCAUGGCUGCCGGUUUCGAGGAGUCGUUUGUCCAGCUCUGGUCGCUCAAGGGUGAAAAGCUGCGCGGGGUUCGGGGCAACCCUCAUCUCUCGUCCAUUCGAGACAGCCGCACACUGGCACGUCAACGCGAGGCGGAAUCUUACUCGACCCGUCGGCUCAUCGGUCACAGCGGCCCGGUGUAUGCCGUGGACUUUGAUCCCGUCGGCGGGUCCGCCUCGCCCCCUCGCCACCUGCUCAGCUGUUCCGCCGACGCGACCGCCCGCCUGUGGAGUCUGGACACGUACAGUGCGCUCGUCGCCUACCGAGGGCACCAGCAUCCCGUGUGGGACGUGAAAUGGUCUCCCAUCGGCACGUACUUUGCCACCGCCUCCGCGGACAAGACAGCCCGUCUGUGGUCCACGGAACGCGUCAACCCACUCCGCAUGUACGCCGGCCAUCUCUCGGACGUGGACUGCCUCACAUUCCAUCCCAACAGCCUGUACCUUGCGACGGGAUCGAGCGACCGCAGUUGUCGGCUGUGGGACGUUCAGCGCGGGGCGUGCGUGCGGCUGUUCGUGGGGCACCAGUCGGCCAUCUCGUGCGUCAAGAUCAGCCCGGAUGGCCGAUACCUUGCGAGCGCCGCAGCUGGGAAUGGCACAGCGUCGCAGUUCACCGGCGUCGACGGGGUGGAUCCGACCUCUCGCGGUGCGCAUCAGAAUGACGUCGCCAUCUCCCUGUGGGAUCUUGCCAGUGGACGACGGAUCAAAAAGAUGUGGGGCCACGAGGAGAGGGUGUACUCGAUGGACUUUUCGGCGGAUGGAUCGUUGUUGGUGACGGGCAGCGAGGAUUGCAGUGUGCGUUGCUGGGAUGUGAGGGCGGUGGGAGGGGCGAGGAAGGUGCCCGCAAAAGGGAGUUUGGAGGCGCAACAGGCGGUGGGCGGGGCAGGGAUGGGCGCACCGACGCCGGCUCAGCUCGCAAGUGGCGGCCUCGCAAGCGCUGCUGCGGCGAGCCAGACCAGCGGCGCGGACCUGGCCAAUACCAGCGCGGACUGCGUCGCCACGUUCCACACGAAGCGCACCCCAGUGCUGGAUGUGCAUUUCACCCCGAGGAAUCUGUGCCUCGUCGCGGGCGUCUACGAGGAUUGA